AUGUUCUCAAGCGCAAGUCUGCUAGGCAUUACCCUACUUUUUGUUUUCGUUCUUCUCCCUACACUCUGGUCAUCCUUUAUAUUUAGAGCAGACAACCCUAUCGCAUGCAAUGUCAUAGCAAAAGCGGAUUUCGAAGACCACAACGCCGGUCAUAACAUGUCUGGAACAAUUAUAUUCUAUGAAACAAUGCCAGGAAAACUUGAAGUCCAAUUGGAUUUCUCUGGCGGCUUACGUAAGGACAAGAGUCACGUCGAAUACGAAAUGGAAGUUGUGGAUGAAGUGGAAAGAGCUAUACACCGUAUCGGACACUUUACAAUAGACAAUCAUUAUGAGGGACAGAGCGAAGAAUCAAAUAGGCAGACAGUUUUAUCGAAACAAUUUAUAAUCGGAGACGCAAUGAAAAACUUGGGAGUUUGUUCAGGGGAGGAUAGCAUUGUUGGACUGUUAUUAACUGUCAAGAGAGAUGGAAUUAUCGUAGCUGAAGAAGAUAUAACAUCAGAGUGGUUAGGACCACGUUGA